UCCUAAAACAGGGAAGGCGGCAUUCAUAUUCAUUUAUGUCUUUUUACACUGUGAAUAUAUUUACUUACUUCGCUUUGGUUCCUUUUUCAGGGCCAUGGCCAGGAACGGCGCAAAGAAGGUGGCUAACAAGAAGAAGAAGCAGAAGGAGGGAGCUGCCAAAUUGGAGAUUGAGGAGCCACAGGUCCGUAGACCACCCAAUUGCCGCUGUAUCGCACUAAAGGAGCAGAUUGCUUAUCCGUCAAAGUCUGUAACAGUGUAUGUCGAGGGUCUUGCAAAUGAUAUAACUGAGGUUGGGGAACCUGCUGGGGAGUUUAUCCGCCCACAAAAUCCGGAGGGGAACCUAAUACCACCUGCUCAGAAGAUAUUUCUGCGGAUUAUUCAUAUGACCUUUGAUGAAAUUGAAGCAGGCUGGCCCUUCAGCAAGCUGAAUCAAGACACUGUGAUCGUAACAGAGCUUGAUGUCCCACUACUACGUGAGGACAAUAGGGUUGAGGCCAGCGAUGCCACUGUUGCAAGCUGCGUUAACCAGCUGGCGAAUAUGCUGCACAGCAUCAUCAAUGCCGCCAGCCCAAGCUACGCAGCAAACCCAUCAGUAAAUAAGGAUCUCCAGCACUUAAUCAAGCUAAUAAGGGAGUACCAGAGAGGGGCCAGCAGCUUUCUGAUUCGGUACCACGCAACUAAUCUGCCGAUCAUAAACAGGUGCCAGACCUACAUAAAGAUGUUUGAUCAUGUGACUCAGAUCUUAAGGUUCACCGAUCCAGAGGCUUACAAUGUGGUGAUGAAGGCGGUGGAGGUCCCGGCGGGCUGGGAUGGCAACGUAGUGCAGAAUGAAUUCCUCGCCCUGUACUUUUACCAUGGCCACUACGAUCCAACAGGUACGAAACCCACAACAGAUCCUGUUCUAGAGCCUCUAAGAUACAUGAGGCAUUGCCCUUCACACGUGAUGCUCCGCGGAGGUUUAGUUGCUUUCACACGGACAGAUCUUGGAUUUGCGCUAUAUCAAAGAAUGCCCCAAGUGGUGCUAUCGAUGCAGAUGGCCCUUCAAAGGCUGGGAGAGCUGAAAUACCUAGGCACAGAGAGCGAUUUUCAAGGUCUUCUUAGGAUACAGAUAUAGAACAGUGUGCCAAGCCACCUCUCCCAUCUCGGAGGGGGAGUAACUAUACGUGUACAUAAUUAAUUACGUUGUGGGCAUUAUGGCUGUUAACUGUAAAUUUAUUCACAGCAGUGGAACCCCCUAUUGCUACAUCCCAUAUGUUACAACUUAUUA